GAACAACGAAGAACGCAAAACAGAGAAACGAACACGCAAAGACAUCUCCCUCAUCAUCAUCCUCCUCCCCCCACUCGACACGAGCCCUCGAAGAAAACCCUAGAAAGCUUCAUCAGAAUCCCAAUCAAUGAAGGGCCAUGGAGCGAUGGAGGUGGCCAAGACGGUGAUCGAGGUCGCCGACGUGGCGUGGAAAGCGAUCGAGUGCCACCAUCACCACCAUAACCACCACAAUCCCGAACAUGAGCACGACCGCGAGCACGAGACCUCUCCGUCCUCGGAGGAUGAAUUGGAGUCGCUGCGAUGCGAGAAUCGGCGACUGAGGAACCUGCUCGAGCAGAAUCUGAAGCUGCUCCAGAAUAUCUCCGAAUUGCCUUGCCUGCCGAACGAUUGCCCUCCUGAUUUGCAUGCCCACCUUGUAGCAACUGUUGACUCAAAAGACUUUUUGAAUCGGAUAAAAGAAUUCCAGGAGGCAUCAAUUAAUGGAGCCAGAAAUGAAUUUCCAUUCAGGGAGGCCACAGGAGCUGAUAUGCAGUCUGCUGAAAUCCUAAUCAAUGUUGACUAUGAAGAACCCAGUUGGUGGGUAUGGGUUACGGAUGAGAUGGUCCCGAGCAAUGUUGAAGAGUGGAGUGGAAUUGAUGACGAGAAGUAUGUUGUCAUCAGUGAGGAGCACGUGGUGGAUGGAGUUGCCAACUUUAUGGCUAGAUGCGUAUUGUCAAACCCAAAAUCUCUGAACUUGACCCCAGAAGAGCUGCAAAACUCUUUGUCAAAAGCAUUAGGUGGCGUGAGCAAGAUGGAGAAGGUCUUGAGUAUAUGGCAUGCUGGAACAUUGUUUUAUACUUUGGCCACCUGGGGACUUGCUCUUGCAGGGUUGUAUCGCAGUCGUGCUGUUCUGAAGCUAGCUGCAAGGGGUGUUCGCACGACCAGCAAAGUUGUUAUGAGGGCUCUGUAAAAUCGCUUGCUUUUACAGCAAGAACAAGUAAGAAAUUGUAAAACAUAAUUCCAUCGAUCGGAUGCUGCAUUGCUGCUGGUGUUUCCUGCCAACAUCUUGUCAAAUGUAAAUUCAUGUAAAUAGCUCAUGCUUCCAUUGUUCUUCCCCUAUCCUCCUGAAGUAAGAUUGGAUGUAAGUAUCUGUAUUCAAAACACUCAAGUCUUUCGAAUGUAUGAAUUACUCCAUUGUUUAUUCA